GUUGUUUGUUUCAGAUGAGUACACUAGCAGUGCCUACGGAAGGGAAGCUCGAGGGAGAGAAUCUGCAGAUAUUAUACUCUCCUUCAUUCUGGAACAAUGUGGUUCAUGCAUUGAAGAUUGGUGGUCCUUUAGUUAAAGUGCUUCGUUUGGUGGAUGAGGAGAAAAGACCACCAAUGGGCUACUUGUACGAAGCAAUUGAUAGGGCAAAAGAGGCUAUUCAAGCCUCUUUUAGUGAUCAAAGAAAAUACAAAAGAGUCUUUGAGAUCAUAGAUAAAAGGUGGGAUAGUAAGCUUCAUAGCCCUUUGCAUGCAACCGGACUUGUUUUGAACCCGGAACUGUUUUAUGACAAUGAAGAGAGGAUUCUAGGAGAUGAACCCUUGUGGAAUGGAUACUAUGAAUGCAUUGACAAGUUGAUACCUGCAGAAUCCGUGCAAGAUAAAAUCACAGAGCAAUUUAGUAUUUAUAGGAAUGCUGAACAAUUUUUUGAAAAAAACAUGGCCAUUAGACAAAGAAAGACGAAGUCACCAGUUGAAUGGUGGAAGCAAUAUGGUCAUUCCACUCCAGAUUUACAAAAGUUUGCCAUCAAGGUUCUAAGUCUAACAUGUAGCUUAUCCGGGUGUGAAAGGAAUUGAAGCGUGUUUGAGCAUGCAAGAACUAAUA